UGCUCUGACUGGCUGCUCGCCCUGUCAAUCAUUGCUGUUUACGUUGCUGUGCGAGGUGGAAUUUCCCAGGUUACGGCAGAAAGCAGCAGACCACUUCCGUCUAGCUGUCUGGUACAGAGACAAGAGGCCACUGCGAGCUGAAAGUCCAGAGCAUCAUGUUUAGUAAGUGAGCCACAGCAAUGGAAGGGAAAGGUCCAUAUCGCAUCUAUGACCCAGGUGGGAGUGAGGUCAAGGCCAGGGAGGAGGCAGCAGGAGGGAGCAGCUAUCGACAGCUACUGGAGGAGAACAGCAUAUUGAGGGAGCGGAUGAAGGGACUUAAGAGCUUAGGGGACUUAUUGGAAGAGUCUCAGUCAGAGGCAUCACGUCUUCGUCAGAGAGUGGAGGAGCUCGUGAGAGACAACGAAGCGCUCAAGUCAUCCAGCUUUGCUGCCAGCCUGUGUACAGGAGGACCCAUUCAGUCUGAAACACAAAGUCAAGGAAAGCCCUUUGUGCAUCCAACUGUAGAGCACAAGGAUGAACAAACCAGCUGUUUUGGGAAGACUCUUCAGCCUGAAAAACCUAAUGAGGUGUUAUCACAGUUUGAAGUGGUGAAUAUGGAGGGGAAAAUUCCAGAUGCCAAUACUGUCCAGGCAGGGCCAGCGGCAGGCGUCAUCCCCCUCCUGCCUCAGGAGAACAUUGAGCUUGCAAGCCAACUGAAGAGACUUGAGAGCUCUUUUAGCAUCUUUGCAGAGGAGUCUAAUCCAAAUCAGCUUUUGGCUCAUCUCGGUCGCAUGGCAGUCGAAUUUCACCAUCUUUCCUCAAAGGUCCAAAAGAAUGAACAAAGGACUUCACUCCUGCAGACUCUUUGUGAGCAACUUAGACAGGAAAACAGUGAGCUUCGGAAAAAAAUGGAAGAGGAUCAUCAUAUCAGGAAUCGAGACUUGGAACAACUGAGACAAGAGAACCAGAAAUUGAAGGAGCUGGUCACAGGAGGAGCAGCAGUGGCAUCAUCUGCAGCACAAUCUGAAACUGAGCCUCCAGAAGCCAAAGAGGAGCCUGUAAAAGAAGAAUCUGCCGCUGUACGACCUAAGAUGGAAGCCUCCACACCACAGAGGAGUGGGAAAGCUGCAGAGAAAACCCCAGCAAAGCCUUGUGAUAUAGAAGUGUAUGAAAAGAAGAUCAAGCUUUUGGAGAAGCAGAGAAAGGAUGUACUGGAGGUGAACAAGCAGUGGGACAUUCAGUGGAACUCCAUGAAGUCACAGUUUGAACAGAAGAUCACAGACCUCAGGCAACGGCUAGCUGAGUCUCAGAAGACUGUGCUUGAGCUGGAGGCGGAGCGAGAGCAGCGGCAGCGUGACUAUGACAAGAAACUGUUACUGGCCAAAUCUAAAAUUGAAAAUGUGCAGGGGGAGAAAGAGUGUUUGAACUCUGAGACCACUGAGCUGAAGCAGAAAAUUCGGUACCUGCAGGAUCAGCUGCUGCCCCUCAGCAAACAGCGAGAAUACCAAGAGAAGGAGAUCCAACGACUCAACAGAGCUUUGGAGGAAGCCUUAAAUCUGCACACUCCGUCAUCCUCCCAACAACCACCUGGCCAGGGUAACUUUGCUGAUGCAGCCAACAACCUGAGGAAACAGGAGCUGCUCACUCAGAUCGCUGUACUGAAGGAACAGGUGAAAAUUUUUGAGGAAGAUUUCAGAAAAGAGAGGAGUGAUAGGGAGCGAAUGAAUGAGGAAAAAGAGGACUUGAGAAGACAAGUUGAAAGACUGCAGGGUCAGAUAACUAAUUUGACAAAUCAGCUUCAUCAGGCACAGAACGAGUGUCAGAGAGAACGCACAGAGCGAUGUAAACUGGAGAGACUGCAGAUGCAGCAUCAUAAACAGGGGCAGCAUCAGGAAAGACGUACUUCAGACCCCACAUCAGGCUCAGUGAACGGCCCGCUGAGCCCUCCCUACUGUGGUCCCUUUGUGCAGGUGGGACCGCAGGGCCUCGAGGGUUGGCCCAUACACUUCCCUCCCCGGAUGCCCAAUGCAGCAGGUGCAGCCGCAGCACCGCCCCCUGGACGAGAUUUCCAGCCUGUUACCCCGGGCUUUCCUUGGCAGUCUUCAUUCCCACAACCCAGAGGGGCAAGAGCAGUGGGAGAGAGUUCACGACCACCACCAGAAAAUGCAGAUCAGUCCACAGCAGCAGGAUUUGGAAAAAGGGAGCGACAGAACAUUGAUCCUGGAAAGCACUAAAAGCAUCACAGUGUCCUCGUGGAGCUUGGGUAGUAGCGUGAAUAAGUUUGUUUUUGAGUUGAAAAGGUGUGAUUUGAUCUAUAAUUUUCCUACUGAACUGUAGAUAUUCUAUUGUAUUGUUGUUUAUACUUGGGUUUUAUAAGGCUAUUUGUGAAACACUUCGCUAUUCUGAAUAUAUACAUAUAUACAUGAAAUAUUAUUUAGAUUUUUUUUUCUUAUGUUCUUUUUGAGACUUAAUCUUCAUAUGAUUCUAUGCAGGAACUGAAAUCAUUUGUUAAAUAAGUUGGAAUAAUUAAAGUUUUCCCCUGGAAACUACACAGUACUGUGCAAAAGACUCAGGCAUCCUGCUAUUUUGAUUUUAAAAAAAUUGUUUGAUUUAAUCAGUGGAUCAGUAGAAUAUGUCAUUUGAAAUUUCCAAACAUUCCUAUUCCAACAAAAGUCUAUUUUUUGUAUUUAAAUGUUCACUAAUAAAUGCUCACUACCUGACAGCACAAAGACUGUUGCCACUGGUCCCUCAGUAAUAAAGUGAACCCUAAAUAAAUUGAUCAUUUUCUUAAAAUUGCAAGACUGCCUUCAAAUUCACUUAUAUAUUUAUAAAAUCUAGAUAUUUAGGUUAGUUGGGCUACUGAGUUUGGGCUCUCAAUAUAAUUAUGAUCAUUUUAAGUUUGAGGUGCAUUAAAUAAGCCUAAAGCUUUUGGACAGUACUGUACCUGUUAUUUGGAGGUAAAAGCAGCAUCAGUUUUAAAUGUUGCCACAGUGACUGGAAAUGGAUCUACGGUUUUUUUUUGUUUUUGUUUUUUUCCAUAGGGAUGAAUAUGAGUGUAGUGAGUGAAGUGUAAACAGGCAGGCUUUAACAAUACCAACUCUUGACACUGAUUAAAAUUUUAUAUACAAUAGCAGAAAUUCCUCUCCCUUUUCAGUUGUAGAGCUGCAGGCUGUGGUAAGCUAAAGGUGCCCUGAUACUUGCAUGACUCUGAUCUACGCAUUUGCACGCACGUCGUCAUGACGAUCCCACCUGCUGUGUUCCCAGCUGGACGGUGGGCUUUGUUCUACCAGCUGCCACGCAUUCUGUGCUGGAUGCUGCGUAGAUAAAAUAAUUAUUUCGUAGCGGAUUAAUCAUUUUCUUUGCAAGUUCGCUGCUGAAAAUGGCUCUAAUUGCUUCCUGAAUCACAGCGGACCGCUCCAGCAGCAGCUGUUUGUGUGCGCACUGAACAAGCCAGAGAAAGCCUUUGGAGCUGUCUAAUUAUUUGUCAUGUUUACAUUGUCAUGGCUUGGUAAAACAGUUGCAUGUUCUUUCCUUCUUGUGUGCAGCUGUAAAAGUAUGUUUAUGACAGAUUUAACAUCUUGUUAUAAUCCUUCAGACGAGCUGUGUUCUGAUGCAGUCACCCCUUCUGUCCACUUCUUUACUCAACUUGACGAGCUGCACGUAGCAUCACGCCACGUUGCAUGUUCCACAUUUCGAUAUUCUCUUUGCGCAGUUGCACGCACCGACACCCCUCUCCAAUUCACUCUACAGCCGUUAAAGACGAGUUAACUCUCCUGCAUGACACAGGGCGUGCAAGUGCAUGCAUCAAAGUCAUGCAAGUGUCGGUGCACCUGAACACACAUGCAUAAAGAACGGAAAGCACCUUCUGGUUGCUGUAGCACAGCAUAAAACGUUGCUGCUUAAACUCCCUAUUGUCUCUGCAAAUACGUAUCAUAACUGGAUACUCGGAUUGUUACAGGAAGCCAUUCCCAAAUAUGAAUAAAACUACAAACACUCAUUCCAAACAAUUGGUGAUUAUGUAGGUGCAUAAAAUUAUAGAAUUUACAAUGUGAAUUUUUAUUAAUUUAUAAAAACAAUUUCUUCAGUGUCAUUGAUGUGAUUGAGCUGUCCCAUACGUGUAACCGUUCAAAAGUAGUGGUUGAAAUACAAAAAUUUUGGAAAACAAAUUUUGCUGGUAUCAUAACACAAACACGAUUGUGAUUAUUGAUAAUUUAUUUAUAACCUGCUGUUUUGAUAGUUGCAUUGACUAAGUGUAAAUCAUUGUCUUUAGUAAUGCUGUUCUUUCUGUGUUGUUAGUGUAAUCCCAAUAUAUUGUAGCUAUUGACAUUGUAUGUUUGUAUCUGACACAAUGCACAGUACGUAUGCGCCACCUUAUUAUUAUUUUUUUUCCCCCAUGAUGAUGGACCUAAUCUCAUUAAACACACCACUUCUACUUUCCUAUACUUUAAUUUGCUGAUUGAACACUCAUUCCAGUAUUCAUACACUCAUUGUACACAAUGCUAUAAUAUCACUGACAGUUUCGUCCUUGAUUCUGGAGCACCACAAAAUUUAGAUAUCUGUAAUGAAAACCUUCCUGUUGACUAUUAAAUCCCAGUUUCAUUUAAAGAUAAUAUUGUAUAACUCGUUUCGAAACCUUUUAAGUUGUGCUGGAGCAGCAGGAAGCGAGAAGGUGUCAUCAGUCUUUGGUGGCCAUUGACCUGGUGUUGCAGCAGUAUGGCCCACCCUCAGAGAAAACAUCUGCCAGGAUGUCUGGCUUCACUCUCCUUCCACCUCAACAAUCAGCAAUGCACGCCUCGCCGGCUGACCUGUGAACUGCUGCAGCACCACAUCAAGAGCCCUGAUAAGAGACUUGGUAUCCACUACUUCGGUAAUGUGUGCUGUUAUUACAGCCACUGUGUAUCUCAAAUCAAUACAGUUUUUAUGUGAUACCAUGGGUAGGUUUUGUUUGUUUGUUUUUUUUUUUAAGUAUAGUGUGUUCCAAGUAGUCAGAUGAAGGGCUUCAAAAUGUGCAAAUUAAUUUGAAAAAGGAACAAUUUAACAAAGUUACAGGGAACAAACCCCAAACUGGUGAGAGCUGAAAUGCGACAGUUGAAAUGCACUUUGAACGAUAUGCUGUAGUAAUUACUGGCAGUUGUAUAUUCUUGGUUUGUAGCCCUUUUUCUUCUUUUUUGCUGUAGGCAAAAGCACAUGUGAGACUUUUUGUAUUUGACUGGCUUAAUAAAUAUAUUCUAAAUGUCU